GAACGAGAAGGUUGACGGCGCGGCCGGCAUUCCCUCCCUCCACAUUUGGGUCGCGCGACCAGAUUCCGAGCAAAAGAUUUCGAACCAAGGUUUGAUCCUGAGAAGGGAUGGAUCAGAUCAUGGGGAAGAUGGGCGGGUACUGGUUCAGCCACAAGGCCGGCAAGGAGAUGAACAGCGUCGGCGACGACAUCAAUUCAAUCUCUAGCAGCAUUGGAGAUGGAGCCAAAUGGAUGGUCAACAAAAUCAAAGGGAAGAUGCAGAAACCACUGCCUGAAUUCCUCAAAGAAUAUGGCCUCCCAAUAGGCCUCUUCCCCCAGGACGCGACCAACUACGAGUUCAACGAAGAGACGAAGAAGCUAACCGUGUACAUCGCAUCAGCCUGCGAGAUUGGCUACAAGGACUCGUCGGUCCUGCGGUUCUCCACCUGUGUAACCGGCUACCUCGAGAAGGGAAAGCUCUCGGACAUUGAUGGCUUGAAGACCAAGAUCCUGAUCUGGACCAAGGUGACGGCCGUCAGGACUGAGGCCACCAAGGUGCAUUUUGCCGCUGGCAUGAACAAGACCCGGAAUCGGGACGCUUACGAGGUUGCCAGGGAUGGUGUUGGUAUAGACAAGUUCUAGAUCUUAAUUACUAUGAUGCAGCUAUGUGGAGCUCCCUCUAGUUGUGAUCAACUCUCAGGCUAUACCAAAACCUAUUGUGCUGAUCACCUGUACCACAUUGUACCGUUCCUUGUGCUGGGACUGAUCAGGUGGGUGUGGCUGUGUUGUGUGGCCAAAAAGAAAGAAAAAAAAAGAAUAUUUGUACAUUAAGCAACACAUAGAUUCGGGCGGCAAAGUGUAACGAACCCAUGUACAUCAUUUCUUAAUGUCUGCUGACUUCGUCAAUAGGCUCUCUGAUCGAAU